AGGCGGUCAGGCUACUGCGGUCAUUGCGGCUCUGUCCGGUGAGCUUCAUCUCCAGCGACACAAACGUAUUUUCGAUCCAAGAUGGUCGUCGCCCGGUUCCCGGUUUCCCCGGCAUGUUCCUCUAGCGCUGCCCGACCGGACCAACGUCAGCGCUCCAGUCGAGAGGAAACAACACUUUAUGUUCUCUGAGUCACACUCGGGUCCCGCGCGCCUCACACGGGGGGCAGAACGGCAGAACGGAGCAGCAUCUGGCGCAUGUGGACAGCGGCCACUGCAGUGAAGCCCAAAGGCGGAGAGGGGCGUCAGAGGAGAGGGGACGGACCAAAAUAGCCGCCCACCGCUCAGCGCAGGGAGGCACAGCGACCGCAGGUUUGCGGUUUAGCCGCCGGCUUUGCUGGGAAGCGACGGGACGGCAGAGGCGCAGCUCCUCCACAUUUACUCGCGUUUUGUUAGCUUCACAUUUGACGCGUUGCUAGGUAACGUCCGCGAGCAAGUCGCGCGCUGACGCACGGCGUGUUAAGGGCGAUUUGAGCUUAAAGUUAGCUUUUCGGCUGAAUGUCGGAUAUAGUCAUUUAACUGUGGUGUUCGCUCGCUUUGGCGUUUUUUCGCCCAGCCCGCAGUCUAGAGACCGUUUGAGCAGUAAAUAUGGAGCCGUCACUCAUUAAACACAAAGCGUCACAGCGCCCAGCGGCUGAGGAGACCGUUAACGGCCAGGGACGGAUUCCUCCCUGUUGCUCGGCACUGCUCAGCAGGGUUGUGCGUGACGAGAAACUGCGGCUCUAGGACGCGAAGACUGGAUCGAUAAUCAUUUCCCGGAGCCUUUCUUACCGCGAUAUGAACGCUAGGAGCUACAGUGGAGAUGGAGAGCAUGCGGAGGCUGUCGUCGCGCUUGGAGACGUUUGAGGAGCGCUCCAGCUGCGAGGCGGCUCUGAGGUAAGAGAUACGAACCUAACGCGCCGGUGAAUCCGGGAAUUCGGCGGAAUCGUUUGACAUGGUCAGAAUUAACAGCUGGGAGAGAGACUGCGUCGCAGCAGAGCUCGGCUGUGGACCUCACUGAGGCGAAAAAGGAGAAAUUUAUGGCGACAGGUAGACUGUAGGAGACAGGAGUGUCCGUGUGUGUGGUCAGUUUGCCUUUAUAGAGGAGCUGCAAUGCACUGGGCGUGGGAAACGAAAUGAUUAUUGUCCGUUGCGAUCCAUGCGUUGAAGACGCGGACGAAGAAAAGCAUAAUUUAUGGCUUGAAUGAAUGGAAGGGGCCUCAUGAGGGAGAGAACAGCAGAGCUGGACCCCAGUACCUCCUCCCAGCACAUCCCCCAGCAGCCGAUUUAGUGUUGCGGUGGAUUUACAGGUUCAACUUUUUUUUUUCUUCCCCUUCUUUCUCACCUUCUCCUCUUCAGUCGCUUCUCUGGGGAAUGGCUCAGCAAGAAAAUGUCUCCCAACCACUUCUCUACGGUAUGAGUCAUGAACGCACUACAGCGAGGAGGCAUCUUCAGCGCUGCGACAUUUGACAUUCAGCUCCACACUGGAAAGAACAGGGGGAAGAAGACGCUUCAGUAUGUGCCGGAGAGGCAGAUGAUCCUACACUGAUUUGUUUCGUUCUCCCCAACCACCUCUUCAUGAAUAUUUGCUUGCAGAGCUCUUUGCAGUAUUCCCCCUCCGCUUUUUGGACUUGAGAGGAUGCCUUGAGUUUGAGGGACUUAUGAAGAUGUUGUGGUUUUGGUGUCAGGGGGAAAGAGCGUGGGAGAACAGAUGUCAUUUUUUCUCUUCCCUGCCGGCGAUGAAUCGUUGAAAUUCCAGAGGGACAAUGCGUUUUGUCUCGACAAAGGCCUCCUCUAAACAGCCGCAUGAUAAAACUGACAAAAGACUGAGAAUCUGCUGACUCAGGCACACCGAACCCUCUUGGAAUUGUGAACGGAAAUUUGUGUCAUGGAUUAUCAAAAGAACUCUGUCCUUUGAAUUUACUUGCAUUUAAGGAAUUUCACAGGGGGAGAGAAAACCAGUGCUGUUCCAGUUGGUUCCUCUCCAAUAGCUCACACUUAGUCCUCUCUCUCCCCCCCACCUGCAUCACGUGGGGGGGAGAGCUCCCACCUUCGGGGUGACCCUGUACCCCCACGUGGCCACCUGUCAGUCCAGAAAGGUUCCUAGAACCAUGGACGGCGGCCAGGGCAGCAGCCCAGAAAGCCCCAACCGGGCGGUGGAGUAUCUGCUGGAGCUCAACAACAUCAUUGAGAGCCAGCAGAAACUGCUGGAGACGCAGCGGCGACGCAUCGAGGAGCUGGAGGUGCAGCUGGACCGCCUCAGCCAGGAGAACAAGGAUCUGCGGCUGGACCGGCAGCCACCUCCACCGCCUCCACCGCUGGCAAACUCGGCCUCGAACCAGGCCCACAGCCACCACCACGGCCAGCCUCUCCCGGCAGCACCCACCUCCGCCACUGUCUAUCCCAUCCAGAGCCACAACAGUGGGUCUGUCCAUAACCCCAUCCCCGCUCCAGCCCCUCCGCCCCCUCCCCCACCCAUCCCACCAAGAGACCGCCGCCCAAACGUCAAUGUCAACGUCAACACGCACACCCGCCUCAGCCGCGGCCUGUCCACCGGCUCCAACCCCACGGAAAGAGACAGGGAGCGGGAGAAGGAGAGAGAGCGAGAGAGAGAUGGUUCCAGCACCAGCACGGCCACCACUCUGCAGAGACAGCCAGAUGGAGACUCCAACAAAGACAGUGUGGAAGGCGAUCCUCAGUGUGGGGAUACGGGCAGUUUCUCAGACAGCUCCUGCAGUCAGGGCCCGUACCUGGGAGGUUCUGAGCGCUACGGAAAGCCCAGUGGAGCUCCGGCGGGCCCUCAAGGGCCUCCUGUGGCCCCCCCAAGCCCAGCCAGCCUGGCCUGGGCCCAGCGCACUCGCCUCCAACCCGCCAGUCUGGCUCUGCGCAAGCAGGAAGAAGAGGAGAACAAGCGCUGCAAAGCGCUCUCAGACAGCUAUGAGCUCUCCACAGACCUGCAGGACAAGAAGGUGGAGAUGCUGGAGAGGAAAUAUGGCGGUUCCCUCCUGAGCAGACGUGCAGCGCGCACCAUCCAGACAGCAUUCCGGCAGUACCGCAUGAAUAAGAACUUCCAGCGGCUGCGCAGUUCCGCCUCGGAGAGCCGCAUGACUCGUCGCAUCAUCCUCUCGAAUAUGCGCAUGCAGUACUCGUUCGACGAGCGUCAGCCACAGGUGCAGUCUCAGAACCCCCAACAACAGCAACAGCAGCAGCAGCGCUAUACCUCUCACCACUCCUCUGCCCUGGGCAUGGCCAGCCAGCUGGGCACCGCAGACACUGAGCAAGAUGCUGGGUCACCCUCACACUGCCCCUCUGACCGCGAGGAAUACUCCCACGCAGAUGAUGCCUUCACCAAACAAGUCACAUCCCUCGCAGACUCCAUGGAUGAUACCCUGACUUGCCGGUCAGGCCGAGGCGACUCUCAGGAGGGCAGUGGCGACGGCACAGGUGAGGCAGAGGACUUCAGUGAGUGUGUGUGGAGCAGCAAGCCUCAGUCCCGUCGCGGAGGGGGUAUGGGCGAGUCUGAGCGAGGUGGGCCCACCAUGCUGGGGGGCAUGCAUGAGGACAGCACAGCCACAUCCUACAGUGAUGUGACGCUGUACAUGGAUGAUGGCGUGCCUUCGUCGCCUCUGUCCAUCGAGCGUGCACCCAGCAGCACAGACACUGAGUACUGGGGAGUCGGAGGGGGCGCGGGGGGCCGUGAGGACAGCCGGGACACAGAAGGUGGCGGCAGCAACAAUAGCCGGCGCAGCACGCCCUGCACUGAGUGCCGUGACUACCGCCUGCGCGGGCCACACCUGCCUGUGCUGACCAUUGAGCCACCCAGCGACAGCUCAGUGGACAUGAGUGACCGCUCAGAUAGAGGCUCGCUCAGCAGGCAGCUGAUGUAUGAGCAGGAGCCAGGAGGAGGAGUAGGAGGAGGAGGAACAGGAGGAGGAGGUGGAAAUUCAGGUUCGCCACAAGGAACACUCAAACACAACCCAGCAGUCCGCUCAGCCAGCGCCUGCACUGCCCAAGGUCAAACCCGCCCUAUGGGCCGUCCUUUGCCAUCGCCCCUGCCCACACAGCUCCCGCACCAUGCCAUCAUGCUGCACCACCAGCACCCACACCAUCCGCUCCAACAUCACCCACUCCACCACCACCACCACCAUCACCACCACCACCCCCUGCCCCCCCACCUGCACCAUCACCCAGGACCCCACUACCCAGACCCAGGCUCACCCUCGCCCACCCAGCCACCUCCUCUUACUCCACUCUCCUCUGCCUCGUCCGCGCCCCUGCCCUCUACAGGCAUGGAGCAGUCAGACGGUGACAACGACUCACUAAACUCCACCACCAACUCCAAUGAAACUAUCAACUGCAGCUCGGGGUCCUCAUCCCGGGACAGUUUGAGGGAGCCACUGCCCACACUGGGCAAGCAGACCUACCAGCGGGAGAGCCGCCACAGCUGGGACUCACCUGCCUUUAACAACGAUGUGGUGCAAAGAAGGCAGUACCGCAUCGGCCUCAACCUCUUCAACAAGAAGCCAGAGAAGGGCAUCCAGUACCUGAUAGAGAGGGGCUUUGUGUCCGACACCCCGGUGGGCAUCGCGCGCUUUAUCCUGGAGAGGAAAGGCCUGAGCCGGCAGAUGAUCGGGGAGUUCCUGGGCAACCGGCAGAAGCAGUUCAACAAAGACGUGCUGGACUGUGUGCUUGAUGAGAUGGAUUUCUCCGGCAUGGAUCUGGACGAUGCUCUGCGUAAGUUCCAAGCUCAGAUUAAGGUCCAAGGAGAGGCGCAGAAAGUAGAGAGACUGGUGGAGGCUUUCAGUCAGAGGUACUGUGUGUGUAAUCCUGCGCUGGUACGGCAGUUCCAGAACCCUGACACCAUCUUCAUCCUGGCCUUCGCUAUCAUCCUCCUCAACACAGACAUGUACAGCCCUAAUGUCAAACCUGAGAGGAAGAUGAAGCUCGAUGACUUCAUCAAGAACUUAAGAGGAGUGGACAAUGGGCAGGACAUUCCAAGGGACCUGUUGGUAGGAAUCUACCAGCGCAUACAGAAGUGGGAGCUGAGGACCAAUGAUGAUCACGUAUCUCAAGUGCAGGCUGUGGAGAGAGUGAUAGUGGGCAAAAAACCUGUGCUCUCCCUGCCCCACCGCAGGCUGGUCUGUUGUUGCCAGCUGUACGAGGUUCCUGACCCUAACCGGCCCCAGAGAAGUGGGGUUCAUCAGAGAGAGGUGUUCCUCUUUAAUGACCUGCUGGUGGUCACGAAGAUCUUCCAGAAGAAGAAGACGUCAGUGACGUACAGUUUCAGACAGUCCUUUCCCCUGGUGGAGAUGCAGGUUCACAUGUUCCAAAACUCCUAUUACCCUCAUGGUAUCCGGUUAACCUCAGCGAUCCCUGGAGGCGAGCGCAAGGUCCUGAUCGUCUUCACAGCUCCGAGUCAGCAGGACCGCACUCGCUUCGUCAGUGAUCUGAGAGAGAGCAUUGCUGAGGUGCAGGAGAUGGAGAAAUACCGUGUGGAGUCGGAGCUGGAGAAGCAGAAAGGUGUGAUGCGUCCUGGUAUGAUAGGUGGAGAUGUUAGUGGUGGUGUGGAUGGUAUGAAGAGUGAGGCAGUGAAUGGAACUCUGAGCAGAACCAGCCUGGAUGACACGUAUGCCACAGGGGAGGGGCUUAAACGGACAGCGCUCAGCUCAUCUCUCAGAGACCUUUCAGAGACAGGGAAGCGUGGUCGCAGAAACAGCGUCGGCUCUUUGGAUAGUACCAUCGAAGGCUCCAUCAUUAACAGUCCGCGGCCUCACCAGCGUCUGCCCAUGGGGGGCGCUCUUCCUGGCUGCUACGGGUUGGAAGAUUACCGGCCUCACCGCCCCAUCCUGAGCCCCGGUGUAGGGGUGGGGGGUGGGCCGGGGCAGUACCACAACGUGUCGGGGAGCGUGGGGGUUGGGGCGGGGCAGCUCCCUGGCAGCGGCGGUGGGGGGACGGGGAGCGGCUCUGGAGGGAGCAGCUCCGGUUCCUUCCUGGGCUCCUUGUUUGGCAGCAAGCGAGCCAAGCAGCCUCCCGCACCCCUCAUCCCCCCAGGGCCACACUACCCAGCCCCCGUGCCCCCUCCUACGACUGGGGGUCCACCACCACCCUCCCCGUCUGCCCUCAGCCAGUCGGAUGGAGGGCCAUCCAAGAUCCAGGCACUGCACGCCCAGUAUUGUCACAACAACACUGGGCACAGCGUUGGCCAGCCUCCACCUCCGUACCACCACCACCACCACCGCUACCAAAUGCAGCCUUUAGCCGCCGUCCACCCGCCCCCCGUGCAUCUUCACACCCUUCAGCGUGGCUCCCUGCCCCGCCGCGGCCUGCCCGCUCCCUCACACGCCCAGCUCUCCCAGCAACUGUCCCAGGGCCGCCAUUCGAGCAUGGGCUCUACCCCUCCACCUCUGUCCCCUCACUCGCCCCACUCUCCCGUGGCCCCAUCCUUCAGCUUCUACCACCCCCAUCCCAACCCAAUUCGCGUUCCCGGCCCUACCGGCAAGCUUCCACUCACUCUGUCCCACUCGCAGCCUCACCCGCAUCCUCACGGCCACUCCCACGUUCAGUCUCAUAUCCACAGUCAUCCCAUACACGCCCACCCGCUGCUGCACCACCCAGCCCACCACCAACAGCCCCACCACUUCAUCUUUGCCCCGCCCCCUCAGGCGCCUUCAUCCAUCACAGCCCGCCACAUACCGCAGGUCACCGCCCACUACGGCCCUCUGCACUACCCGCCCCUGUCCUCCAUCCCGCCGCCGCCGCCGCACUCGCCUUUACCCCCGCCUACCUCCCCCCUCACCCCUCUUACACCGCUCACGCCGCUCUCGCCGCUGCUGCCUCCACCCCCACACCCAGCCCCCGGACCCCCACAGGUGGGCGGCCAGGGGCCCGGGACGGUAGGAGGAGGGGGAGGAGGCGCAGGGGGCGGGGCCAACACCAGCACGGCCGGCAGCUCGAAAUCCAAGCCCGUCAACCGCAUCAGCACAGUGGUGUAAGGGCCAGAAGGCCUCGGAGGGGUCAAAGGGGCCGAGGCCCACGCAAGCGGAAGCACACCAUGCUCCGACUCUGCUACUUCCACAUUCGCUUUCCUCAUGUGUAGAGCUGAUGGCAAUGCAGGGGUAGUCUAUAUCCAGGAUGCUAAGCGCAUACACCAUUGUUGAUUCAUACCAGUACUCAUACGUUCUGAAAUCAAAGUUCAUCAAUGCAAAUGGAAGAGGUUGGAUUUGAAGGCAGAGCUUGGUGUUCUAGUAUGAGCUGACUAGAAGCAAGGUGUUGCCAAAGUUGGCUAUUGUGACAGGUUGGUGCCAAACUAUGAAGUAUGAGACAAAGACUCGCAAAUUUAGCGGAUCCACUUCCACCACUACAGAUCAAGUGUGUGCUGUCGAACUGCUUCCCUGCUCUUUAGCUGGGCUGAGGACAGGAGAGCAGAACUUGUACGAGGAGCAGAGGUUUAAAAAAACAAAAAGCUUGAACUUCAGUAGAACUGAGAUUUCAGUGAAAUCCUAUUCGCUCCAUUUUUGAGAUUUUAAUUUUUUCUCUAUUGACAAUCAUUCCAGGUCCAGGCUAUUUUGUCACAUUCCUCCAUACAAGUGGCUCUCAACGUUGGGACUACAGCUUUAAAAGAGCCAGUCAUGCACUUUGAACUGUACCGCACCCCUCUUCUCUUUUUUUUGUAUUGUAAUAAGACUUUUUUAGUGGAAGGAAACCACAGGAGAGAGCCAUUCAGGAGGCAUCAUUCCAAUAUGGGGGUCUAACAUUUCAGAAAGGGAAAUCCUUUGAGAAUAGAGCACCAUAUUAAAGAUGUAGUGUCAAAUCUGCAAUAAGCCAGCCAUUAACAAAUUAAAAUGUUUAAUUAUAUGGAGGCCUCAGUUUGUUUGUUUUUUGGAGAUGUAAUGGAUUCAUAUCUACAAUUUGAAAAAAAGUUCUGCCUUUUUUGAGCUUGAAAACAAUAUAGUGAACAGAACACAAAAUAUAUUUUUCUCAUUCUAAAUUAAAUGAAUAAUAAAUUAUGUUUUAUUAGUCAAAUUAUGUUGAUAAAUCUAUUAGUUCUGUUUUAAUAGAUACAUCCUUUAUUAUUCAUCCGUUGACUCUAUUUUGAACAUUAAAUGCUCAAACAAGUUCAGCUGACCAGCUAAUUACUUGUAUUUGUCAACAUACAGCCUUAGUGCCCAAUGUAAGGUUUAAGGAUCGGUCAAGGUGCAUUGGUGCUUGCAAGUGUGCAGCGCCUUUGUAUUUAACCUGAACUACACCAUGAGUAAAGGGACAUACUCAAGAGGUUUAUAGAGGAGUUUAAUUUAAAUCUUGCAGAGUUUAUUGUAUAGGCAUUGACUUUUUCUUGUAAAGUUGCAGAGUACAGUUGCAUAAACUGCAUCACAAACAUAAAUCGAUACUGACAUUCUCUCGAACAUUGAUUGUACAGUACGAGUCAUGGUAUGGUUUAAAUGUCUUUUAUUUUCGUUAUAACUAUUAUGAUGUCAAAUACUACUGAUAUUAUCCUUGAUAUUUUUGGUGUAACAGUUACUACUAAUCUGAGUGGAUAUCGUUUCUGUGCCGGUUUGUUUUCUAAGAGCUUUUUUUUUUUUUUUUUUUUCAAAUUAACACGGCGUGAUUUCAUGUGUAAAAACAGAGAACUUUUGAGAUCUUUUAACUGGCCUACCUACUUCAGGAACUUGUUUUGCAGUAAGCUUGAAAAAAAUGGAACUAUGUAUUUCACACCAAACUCAUUGCCAGAAGCCAUACACUCUUACUUGAGCAAGUCACUCUUUUUAAGAAUGUGAAAUUCCAUCGAGCUGCAUAUCUGUGCCCUCCUGUUUCUAUAUGAAAGCAUGCUAAUAUGACCGGCACGUGCGUGCACACAUGCUUAUACAUGUCGCACUUGGAGGUUGUCAGUGAAAUCUUUUUGUAUGAUGCUUUUACUUUUCUGCUAAAGUUUUUGUGGGUUUUGCACACAAAAAAUCAGCACAGUGCCUCGAUACAAGAUUAUGUCCCUCCCCAAAUGUCCACAUACACACUCACAAACAGUACUGUUCAAAAGUCAGAGACCACCCUUCAUUUAUUUCAUUUUCAGGCAAAAACGACUAUUACAAGUACAAGUUAUUCAUAUUUCAUGAGAUAUUUCUGAGGAGAAUAGAUAUAAAAUGAUCCACUUGCAUACGACAAGUAGAAGGAAUAUAAGAGGGUAAAAAAAAGAUAUUGUCAACGUGGGUCUCCUAACAACUAAGCAAGACCACCAAAACUGUCACCAUCAGAUAAACACCACUGAAAGCUUUCAUCUUUGAGAGAAAGGAGAAAAUCAAGCUCCAUUCUUGUGUCAGAUCUGAGAAGCUCCACAGGUGCUUCUCUCCAUCCUACUGUGAAGACAACUCAGUGCUAUGGGUCUGAAAGAAGUCUUUACUGAGAAAAGCCAGUAGAUAAAAAAGUACAUUCAUAAACCAAACAUGCUGCUAGUGUUCAUAAAGCACUAGCAGCCUAACCCUAACCCCCAGACCUUGACAUCAGAAUAUCAUCUCUGUCCAACAAAAAAAAGGAUCUCCAAAAUAGUAACUUUACAGUAGAAGGCUAAAACCUCCUUUACAAUGUAAGUUAAUGGGAAAAGUUUUUAUUCUAAGCAGUUUUGGAGUGUUUCUAUUAGUUCAAUCAUCAUGAAAUCAUCACACAAUGUAAAAGACAGCAGAGCUCAAAUGAUGCAGAAAAGUAAAAAUCACAAAAAAAUGGAGAUACAUGGUUUUCACUGGACAGAGAUGAUAUGCAACCAGUUUUUUUAAAAAAAUGUAAUAAAGGCAAAGAGUGGAAACUUAAAAAAAAACUGAACAAACAUGUAUUUAAAGGCCAUUUGACAGCAAUGCAAAUAAAAGGA